AUGGGAGGGAGCCUGGAGAGGGAUACAUUUCUUAUUGCAGCGCAUGUCAGGGACUCAUCAUCAUCUAGGGAGAUCAGUCGCAUCGAAGCUCAGUGCUCUGAUUUGCAACCCCUAGAGCCAGUUGAUAAUCGUCUGACAGUAAGGUUUAUCAACACAAUUGCUAGCGGUCCCACUGAGGUUCCAAGCACCUCGGUCAAUCAAGCUCCCCAAGAGGCCGAAGCUGCUUCAAAGAGACAGCGCAUGUGGGAUGCCAUCUCUUUUUUGGAUGCCGACUUGAGAAUAAUUCAGACUCCUCAUAAUGAUGCUGUGAUUGUUUCUCUUAUAAUUGUAAACUAUGGUGUAAAGAGAAUCCUUGUUGAUAAUGCAAGUUCACUUGAUGUGUUAUUUUAUGAUGCUUUCCAACAAAUGAAGCUACGUGCUGAGCAACUGCGAAAAGUCAAUACACCUUUGGUCGGCUUCUCAGGAGAUUUUGUCCCUGUGGAAAGUGUGAUUAAACUAUUGAUCACCGCGAGAGAGGAGCCUCAAAGUAACACACUAAGGUUAGACUUUCUGGUGGUUCGAGUUUGCUCAGCUUACAAUGCAAUCUUGGGACAACCUGGUCUGAAUGCUUUUCGAGUUGUGGAAUCUACCUACUAUUUGCUCAUGUGA